AGCGGGCGUCAGCGCCGCGGCCCCUCCGGACCCCAGAACUGCCGCUCGCCCGGCGCGCACUGCCCCUUCUCCCGGCGAGUGGGGCGCCCCCUCCCUCGGCGCCGACCGCCCCCUCCUCCUUCCCGGCGCUGCCCCUCCUCCGUCCCGCCCCCCGCGCCCGGUGGAAAGCGAGCGCCGCAGUGGCUUUGCCUGCACUGCCCGGCCCCUGAGCCGCCGAUCUGCCCGCUCGCCUGGGCACGCUCAGAGAGCGGCGCGCAUCCCCGGCCCCCGGCUCUUCGCUCCGACUCCGCGACACCAGCCUCGGGAGCCCCGGCCGCCGCGCCGCCGGCCCCGAUCCGCUGGCGGACAGCCGCGCUCCGCGUUACAGCAACUCGGGCAGGACCCCGACGGGACCCGCGCGCCAGGCUGCCGCCCGAGCCCCGCGGCUAUGCCCGGGGCCCCUCGCCUGUCCGGCCGCUCGUCCUGCGCCCGGGCCCGGCCCCCGACGGCCGCGCGUUGAGAUGACUUUCCGCGACCUCCUGAGCGUCAGUUUCGAGGGACCCCGCCCUGACAGCAGCGCCGGGGGCUCCGGCGCGGGCGGCGGCGGGGGCGGCGCGGGCGGCGCGGCCGCCUCGGAGGGCCCGGCAGUGGGCGGCGUGCCGGGAGCCGCCGGCGGCGGCGGCGGCGGCGGCGGCGUGGUGGGCGCGGGCAGCGGCGAGGACAACCGGAGCUCCGCUGGGGAGCCAGGGGGCGCGGGCGCGGGCGGCGAGGUGAACGGCACCGCGGCCGUCGGGGGGCUGGUGGUGAGCGCGCAGGGCGUGGGCGUGGGCGUCUUCCUGGCCGCCUUCAUCCUCACGGCCGUGGCGGGCAACCUGCUGGUCAUCCUCUCCGUGGCCUGCAACCGCCACCUGCAGACGGUCACCAACUAUUUUAUUGUGAACCUGGCCGUGGCCGACCUGCUGCUGAGCGCCACGGUCCUGCCCUUUUCGGCCACCAUGGAGGUUCUGGGCUUCUGGGCCUUCGGCCGGGCCUUCUGCGACGUGUGGGCCGCUGUGGACGUGCUGUGCUGCACGGCCUCUAUCCUCAGCCUCUGCACCAUCUCGGUGGACCGGUACGUGGGCGUGCGCCACUCGCUCAAGUACCCCGCGAUCAUGACCGAGCGCAAGGCGGCCGCCAUCCUGGCACUGCUCUGGGCCGUGGCCCUCGUGGUGUCCGUGGGGCCGCUGCUGGGCUGGAAGGAGCCGGUACCCCCUGACGAGCGCUUCUGCGGCAUCACCGAGGAGGCAGGCUACGCCGUCUUCUCCUCGGUGUGCUCCUUCUACCUGCCCAUGGCCGUCAUCGUGGUCAUGUACUGCCGCGUGUAUGUGGUAGCUCGAAGCACCACGCGGAGCCUCGAGGCGGGCGUCAAACGAGAGCGUGGCAAGGCCUCCGAGGUGGUGCUGCGCAUCCACUGUCGCGGCGCCAGCACCGGCGCGGGCGCCGGCGCCGACGGGGCCCACGGGACGCGCAGCGCCAAGGGCCACACCUUCCGCAGCUCUCUGUCCGUGCGCCUGCUCAAGUUCUCCCGCGAGAAGAAGGCGGCCAAGACGCUGGCCAUCGUCGUGGGAGUCUUCGUGCUCUGCUGGUUCCCCUUCUUCUUCGUCCUGCCGCUUGGCUCCCUGUUCCCGCAGCUGAAGCCCUCGGAGGGCGUCUUCAAGGUGAUCUUCUGGCUCGGCUACUUCAACAGCUGCGUGAACCCGCUUAUCUACCCCUGCUCCAGCCGCGAGUUCAAGCGCGCCUUCCUCCGCCUGCUGCGCUGCCAGUGCCGGCGUCGCCGGCGCCGCCGUCCCCUCUGGCGCGUCUACGGCCACCACUGGCGGGCCUCGACCGGCGGCCCGCACCCCGACUGCGCUCCCGGCCCGGGCGCCGCGCCUCCUGGAGCCCCGCUGGCCCUCACCGCACCCUCCGCCCCCGGCUCCCCGGGCACGCCCGAGAUGCAGGCUCCUCCUGUCGCCGGUCGUCGCAAGUCGCCCUGCGCCUUCCGCGAGUGGAGGCUGCUCGGGCCGUUCCGGAGACCCACCACCCAGCUGCGCGCCAAGGUCUCCAGCCUGUCGCACAAGAUCCGCGCCGGGAGUGCGCAGCGCGCAGAGGCCGCCAGCACCCUGCGCGCGGAGGUGGAGGCGGUGUCCCUAGGAGUCCCCCACGAAGUGGCCGAAGGCGCCACCUGCCAGGCCUACGAAUUGGCCGAUUACAGCAACCUCCGGGAGACUGAUAUUUAAGCACCCCGAGCUAGGCCCUGAGCUAGGCCGGGGAGCGUAGUGGGGGAGGAGGAAA